CCAGUGACGUCACGGCCGCGGCCCACCUGACCUGUCAAGUCGGGUCACGUGAUCCACCUCUGCACGCCGCCAUUUUGGAACGCUUAUGAGGAGAGUGGGUGUGAUGGAAAACGAGAAAAGCGCUGGGGUACAAACGCCAAAAGUAGAAGCAUGUGCAGAUCGCUUGGUUCCUGAGGCUAAACUCCUGCUGAUGCGCACAGCGGAGACCAAACAACAAUGCAACGACCCUCUGAUUAACGUGAUCCAGAAACUCUCAGCGAUGGUGAACAGAGAAGAAUCCAGCAGAAGUACGGACAGGAUAAAACGUCCAUACCCGGAGGAUGCUCCAUGUGAUCUGCCAUCAUCACUGGCAGCCGGGCUGGGGAACCUCUGCCCCAAGAAGAUCAAGGAAGAAGAUUCUGCCAUCCACAGCCCAACAGGCAGCUCUCCACCCAGCAAUAGGAAAGUGAUGUUCUACCAGUGCAGUCUCUGCAAGUUCAUCUCGCCUUCCUUUGAGGUCCUCACCAUUCACGUGAAAAAUCACGGGCAGCAUAACGAAAUCAUCCUCAUGUGCUCAGAUUGCCACUUGACUUUUAAAAACCACAGCGAGCUGGAAGCUCAUAUUAAAACGCACUGCGAGAACGAAGUCAGCGCUCCUUCACAGCUGAAAGAUCAGCCCCAGGAAGACAAGCCGCUCUCCCCAUGUCCGAACUUUCCCGAGCCAGUGCGGAAAAAAUGGUACGCCUAUGAGUCGUAUGGCCUGUACAGGUGCCUCAUCUGCAGAUACACCUGUGGCCAACAGCGAAUGUUAAAGACCCAUGCCUGGAAACACGCCGGAGAGGUCGACUGUACGUACCCUAUAUUUGAAGAAGAGAACGAGUCUGCAGGUUUACCAGAUUCUACUGUGGCUCAUACGCCACAGGGGAGCGAAUCGGUGCUGUCCGAAAACCUUGACCUUAAGCAACACGGGUACAUAUCUGCAGGUGUGCCAGUUCAGGAGCGCUGCUCUGUGCCAAUUGAUGCGCAGGUGAAAAGGACUGAAAUCCUUGACCCAUCGACUGCCCUGGCUCCCUCGACGGAAGUCAUAGUUGUCGAGGAUGCUCUAUCGGAAACCGAUCAAGAUAACUUGCUUAGAGAGAGUCUCCUGUCCUCCGCCCAGAAAAUAAUUCACUGUAGCCAAAACACAAAGGGCCACGUGAACGUGAUUGUGGAACGUUUGCCUGGUGCUGAAGAGCCUGGUGCACAGAAACCCUUCCUGAUAACCACUGAAGUGGGCGUGAAAAAGAUGGUCCCGCACGACUCCCAGCCUGCAGGAUUGGUGGAAGCUUUUCAUGCAGACAGAAGUGACGUAGGGAGUGAAGAGAUUAUAAUAGGAUGGAGUAACACUGGGAAGAACAGCGCCGACUUUCAGGGAUCCAAUGAGAAUUCUCCUCCGGUGCGGAGGAGGACUAACUCUGAGUGCUUGAGGCUGCACUCAUUGGCUGCUGAGGCGCUAGUCACCAUGCCUAUCCGAGUGGUAGAAUGCCCCAAGACUAGUCUGCGGCUCAUCCACGAUACUAAAUCUAUAGAUCCAGACACUGGGCAGCGAGAUAGUGACGCAACCUACGUGACAUGCCCCAAGGUCGAGUCUUCGAAGGUUCCAGAGUCUUGUAAUGCCCUUAUCAAGACGGAAGUGCAGGAGAAAAGCCAACUUACAGAGACCCCUAUAAAAAUGGGCAUAAGCAUGUCUUUGCUGAAGGUGAUUGAGAAGCUGAGAGAGCGCACAGAUCAGAACGCUACGGACGACGACAUUCUGAAAGAGUUACAGGACAACGCCCAGAGCGAGUCCACCAUGGAGCUCGGCCCAGGCAGUAACCUUGUGGAAUAUCUGCCCGAUGUGGAACGCCCUUACAGGUGCCGCCUGUGCCAUUACACCAGUGACAAUAAGGGUUACAUAAAGCAGCACCUGCGGGUUCAUCGCCAGAGGCAGCCUUACCAGUGUCCUAUCUGUGAGCACAUAGCGGAGAGUAGCGGCCACUUGGAGAACCAUAUGAUAAACCAUUGCAAGACCAUGAAGUACCAAUGUAAACAUUGCAGCGAGUCCUUCUAUUACAAGAGUCAGUUAAGGUGUCACGAGCGGGAACAUCGCAAUCUUCUAGAUACUACGUCUACCAUGAAUGAGGAUGCGCAGAUCUAUGCAGAGGAUGUGGAAGAAAAGUGUUUCCCAGAAGGCAGCAAAUCGAGCAUCUCAAAGUUGUACCGAUGUGACGUUUGCAGCUACACAAGUUCCACUUAUGUUGGUGUUCGAAACCACAGAAGGAUUCACACGUCUGACAAACCGUAUAGGUGUUCGCUUUGUGGCUAUGUUUGCAGUCACCCUCCCUCUUUAAAAUCCCACAUGUGGAAGCACGCCAGCGAUCAGAACUACAACUACGAGCAAGUGAACAAGGCAAUCAACGAAGCAAUGUCGCAGAGCAGUCGGGUGGCUGAUCCCCUGAAGAGUUCUCUAGAAGAUUGUGAUCUGAAACUGGACGGUGAUCUGGUUAGCUCAGCAGGCCAGCCAGCAUCCGAGAUUACAGGUUGCAUAGAAACCCACAAGGUCAACUCAGCGCCAAACGCCGCGUGCAACACGGAGAAGCUGCAGACCCAGAUCAGGCCAGGCACAGAGCUGUGCGUCCUGCUCUUCUGCUGCUGCAUUUGUGGCUUCGAGUCUACAAGCAAAGAACUCCUUAUGGAGCACAUGAAAGCACACGAGGGAGAGAUCAUUAACAUCAUACUAAACAAAUCCGAAUCCGCGUCCUGAAAAAAGGGCGUUCCCGCGAGACCGGCCAUUUUGUGGAGUCGACACAUUUAAAAAAGAAAAAAGGCACCCAGCUCGUAUUGCAGCGGUGGGCUGAGUGCGUCCUUUUCUCAUUUCACAGGCCGCGUACUUUCGGCUCAGUGGCUCUUUUCAUUAAGUUGGACAAGUUACGAGAACGCCUCAUUCUUUAGGUUUUAGUUCUUUUCUGGCCAAGGUGCUUGGAGGGAAAUAAAAGGGUUUUUGAAGGUAGAAAAAAAAGUAUUUUUUUGCUCUCUUUUGUGUAAUAGCUGAUAUUAAACUCGGGGUUGUAUUUUUCUCCCCCCGCCCCAGCUCUGACAUUUAAAUUGAAUCGUCCUAAUAGCGUAUUUAGAGACGGACAUUUACACUUAUGAAUUUCACAGAUGUAUUUAUUUUUUUCCUCCUUCUUCCAGUUUUGGACAAUAUUCUAUUCAUCGUUUUUAUAGUCUCUAAUAUUGAGUAAAAACGUCAGUACCCCGACAGAGCAUUUUGUAGGAGGAGAAUUGAUGUGUCCGAUGAAAACAGGAUGUUACGUGAUGCAGUGCUGCAAGGAUGGUACCGGAACCAAGCGCUUGCAUCUCUAUGGGUCUCUCUCCGCUCUUGCCAUCUGACUAGAUCAUGCAUUUAAUAAGCGUAAGACCUAUAGCGGCAACAAGUUACUCAACUAUUACAACCAAAUGGUUCUUAAACGUGACGCAGGCCAGUCGGAGAACGUCUGCUUAAGAUAUUCUCGGGUUUAUUCAUGAAGCACUGAUAAAAGUGGAGAAGUUGUCCAUGGCAACCAAUCAGCAUUGAAGUGACAUUUAUAAUUUGCAUACUAUACAAUUGUACGGAGCAGCUGAUUCGUUGCCAUGGGCACCUACUCCACAGGUUCACUUCUCCACUCUGAUCACUGCUUCACGAAUAGACCCCUCGGUUUUAUAUGGCCUUUGUGCAGCUUGUCUCCCAGAGAAUGCCUGACGGAGGUAUUAUUACGUGUAUCUUUCAUUUGCGCACAUCGUGAGCCGCCAUUUUCUGGUCUGAACCAAUAUCCAGGAUUAUCCAACAUUUCAAUUCAUUAGUAUCCAGUGACCUGACGGACAUAACGUGGGGUCCGCGGUGGCUGCUGUUACGGCUGGAGAGUUGGGGGCGAGUAUUGUCCCCAAUCCUAGUGCGUUAAUAAUAGGCUGUGAUUUCAUUUUGGGUCAUCCCAGAAAAUUGUCGCUGCUGCCGUGUGUUACUGGAUUACAUUGGAAUAGUUGUGUUCUCGAGUAUAAAUGACAUAGAUUACAGUAAAUUGUUGCUGUAUUCUUACACAUUCGGAGACCAGAUGCAUGUAAGUAGGUUCUGAUACUUCUGUAACAUAGAUACAGCUUCAGCUUUCACAUGUAACUGGCUCUAAUUCAGGUUGGAUCGUAUAAGCGGUAGUCUGGAAAGUGCGCAUGCGCAGGACCCAUUCUUCACAUGUACACAAGUCCUGCGAUCGCAUUGCAGAAAUGCAUCGUUCUGCGUUUGCGAGGUGGGGCGAAUGGGCGGCCCUGCGAAAGGUAGUCUGAGCAAGGUCAGGUGUACUCGGCCUACCGUCGCGGAUGAACUGGUUGCGAUGUUCAUCCCGGACUUCAGUACGAUCGCAGUAUUGCUAUGGCAUUUCAGGAAGGAGGUGCUAUACACCUCCUCCUGCAUUUGCAUUGCUAAGGAUUGCAAUUGAAAAUCUUCUGCGAGCAGCUUUACAAAUGUCACCCUUCCGGAAUUCGGCCCUGAGCCGGGUUGGAGACGUUGGGUAUAAUGGGCUGGCUUGGAGCGUACUAGCUAAUAAGUAUUCUCUGGUACUAUCUGAGCACUGUUACUUGAGUUUCUAGUGUUGUAACAAACACCUACAUAUAAUUUUUUUGUUUAGAACAAUAGGACAUGGAGCUGUAAUAUGAAUUUGUUUAGCUUACGUUGUAGGAUGAGGCUUAGUGUUAUACGCUCAUUCAAUGCUACGUUUUUAUAUCUUCACAUCAUUUUAUGUGAAUUUGCGGCACACAUGCACAGGCUGUUUUUGCACCAGUUACUUGUUUUUAGUAUAUCCUAAUAUUAAAUCAACAAUCCCACAUUUCCCUCAGUAUAACAAGUUAAGCUCCUGUCUUUAAGUGUGCAUCCGAUUGUCCAUUUUCUUAGCUGUACAUCUACAAAUCAUACUCUUCUUCUUUUAAACUCUCUCUGAAGGGUACAAUAUAUGGCUGCCCCGGUGUCACCGCUCUCAGCAUGUCAUGAGAAGGAACGGGAUGAUUUUAAGUGCACAGAGCUCAGAGGGUUGUUCCUCUGCCUCUCUGCUCACUACAUCAUGUAACUGUGGUUGUCAUGGCAGUCACAUGACACUGUGCAAGUCUAUAAUUACAGCUUGAAGAAACAGAGCACAGAAAAUGGUAAUUGCAAGGAUGCUCCUCCUAACCUGCCACAGCGAUGUAUGUAAGGAUAAACUAUAAAAUCAUUGGAUUGCUUCUUUAAGAAAACUAGAUAGAAAAGUUAUUGCAGCCAUAGGUUCCGUAAACAGCCGAUCAGGAAGAUAAUGUUUUAUUCCUCCUAACUUUUUAAAUCUACAGAAACGCUUUAAUGAUGGCUAGUGUCUCGCCAAAAACAUUGAGAAGAUAAAGGCAUUUGGGUAGAUGUCAUAUUUGAUAACGCCCUUCUUUUUACCUGGUCAUUUGUCACAUGCUGCACGUGUCUAAGCUUCUAGUAAUGACGGGACGUUCGGGUAGUCACUGACUAGGAGCCCUUUAUAGCUUGGUAAUGCAACAAUCAGGAAAUAUCACUGAAACUAGUUUUUAUCCUAAUGAAAGCUAUGGCAGCGCUCAAUUGUACCUAAUUUUGUGCAACAGAUAAGAUAUAUUUGAUAUAUUGUAUUUCAGUAGGUUCCAGUUCAUUGCAGGACGAAUAUUCCUUUUGUUAGCAACUGACAAGUCUGCCAUCACAAUUUAUAGCAUGUUUUUUUUUUCUUUUGUCAUUUUAAGAUAUCUAUUUUUGUAGCGUUAUGCACGGCGUGCUGUUUUUUUCUACGUAUUUAUUAAGUAUUUAUAUGAAUUUUGACAAUAUAGUCGGCGGGGAAACUUGACGUAUAUUCUCAGUGGUGCUAUUUCCAAUUUGGUCAAUCUUGACUUAGUCGUGACGUAAAGGAAACGAUUCAUGGGUGUCUGAAGCUAGAAACACUUCAAUAUUCCACUCGGUAGUAUUACCCGGGAUUCCCGAUCUUCAGACUGUGCCCGGUAAAUACAGCGUGUGAGAACGGUGUCUGUAGUCCAUUGCUCAGUGCAGCCUUGGUAGAGUUGUUGGAGUGGAUGUGCGAUAUCUGAAGGUGCAAUGUAAAGUAUACCCAUUCCCUACACACAGUGCUUUCUAAUAAGAAUAUCGCCUUUCCAUCCAGUAAAAGUGCCUUGUUCCCCACGGGUGCGGAUUAUUAGAUCUACAGUCUAUAGGUCUACCACUAAUGGUCGACUUAGUAUAUGUAGACAAUAGGAAAGGUCGACAGGGUCAAAAGUUUGACACUAAUGAGGUAGACACAAUUUUUGUUUUGUUUUGUUUUUUUGGGGUGUUUUGUCACUUUUCUGCCACAAACAAGCCCCUUUAGUGUACCGCGUCCCUUCGCAUGGCUCGCUGAGGCAAGUACAUCACUCGGGACAGGUUACUAUUCCCAAUCGUAGUCCACAUGGAUGGUAAAGAAAAAGUUGAAAAAAUAACUAAUUAAAAAAUCUAGUGUCGACCAUUGUCAUUUCCACCAUUUGACACUGUCGACCUUUUGAACUGCCUGCCUUUUACAUGUCAACCUCUUGACCCCGUUGACCUAGUGCAUCUCUACUAUUAGUGGUAGACCUAUUGACUGUAGACCUUCUUAGUGUAGAUCUAUAGUCCGAAUACCGUUCCCCAUUGAUGGCGCUGGUCUUGUCUCAUUGUGACAUUCACUGUUUAAUCGCCAGUUGCAGAGAUCUUCAGUGAGAUUUAUAAAGUAUACGGGCGCGGUGACUGCCUCCUAUCCAGUUCACGGAACCUGUGACAUCACUGAGGAACUACGAGCUGCAUGGAGGCAGCUGUUGCUUGCAACUGAGAUACAGUAGAUCGAUUCUCUAGGACCCAUUACCAAAUCGGAGGCCCUUGGCACCUCAUUGAGGGGAACGGGUCCUGGUGAAUUGAUUGGCUAUGUUUAACCUUAUUGGUUGAUAUGUCUCCCAAUCGAUGGCCGUCCCACUUUGGGUAUGCAGCGUAUACUUUAAACAAUGCCACAGAUGUUUUCGGGCGUCAUAUGCCAUUACGUCUCACAAUUGCUCAGUAGGACACCGCAGUUUUUAUAUUCAUAUAUGAUGUUUGGUGCUUACUGUGCGCAUUUUCUGUGCUUCCACGCAGCAAGACGCAUUUUGCGUAAGUUAUGUACUUUUAUUAAUGCAGGUAUAAGUUACAGGCGUAGCCACAAGCUGCGUACGUUUUAUCCUCCAGAAACUCCUCUAGGAGCUCACAAUCCGCUUGUCCUCUAAAUGAGUGCACAUGAAUUAGAUGACAGAAGGACAGGAAUGAACUAAGUAUUACUUGUACGUGGGUUUUUUUUAUGCUGCAAAAAUGAUGAUAUUUGGUUUCUGUUCAUGGUCGUUGUGAUCGGUGGAAGGAAUUUGUGAGUGUAAUCACUGAAAGAAGAUGUGUUACGUGGUCACUCACAAUAGUCCCAAAUCAGGUUCUUAUGGGGAAAUAAAACCCAAAUCCAGAAUGUAAGGUCCCUGAUGUCAUGGUGAAGUCAUGGUGUCCGGAAUGUCUGCAUGCCAAUUACAUACAGUAGAAGCUGUACCACUGUUGGUCAAAAUGUCCGCACAAGAUGUGUUGGGAUCUCCUGCCGCCGCGGCAUCACUGUUCUAGUCGUGGUUUAGCCUCAUACGAGGUGCGGCAUAGGGGAUAAAAUAUUUCACAUUUGAUUUGUUUGUGCCAGGAAGAAACGGGGGAACUCUAACUGCGAGUUAUGAAAGUUUUCUAAACCAAUUUUGUUAAACUCUUAAGCAUCAAAACUUAUAUUUUGCGAGAGGGUGGUGGGGGAGGGACGACGACACACACUAUAUGCGCCAGUGGUUUAAUAUGGCGCCUCAUGAUCAGCAAUACGGCUCUUGAGUUUAUUAAAACCUUACGUGUCUCUAGUGGAAUCCAUUGAGCAGUACCGUAUUACAACCUUGUAGCCAACACAUUGAAUGGAAUGUGCGUAACGAUAAAAUGGAUUAAAUGGUCCGGAUUCAAAUCUCCCGUCCCCCCCUCCCGCCCCCCUAUCAAACCUGACAGUGGUAUUCUAAUGUUACUGACGACGGGCGCAACAACUUCAUUUGGGCGCCAAAAUGGGACUCUUCACGAUCACAUCCAUUACUAUAGUCGGGUUUAGGAGCUUGAUGCGCCUAAACCAGACAAAUGAGCGCGAUAGCGAGGCACAUUUGGAUAUCUCCCGUCACUUUAGACGGGAGAUAGCGGGUGCGAUAGGAUCUGAAUCCGGCCCAAUGAAUUACUAAUCGGUUUAUCUCAUACAAUGCUGAGUCCUGUUUUUGUUUGUUUUGGAUAUUUUUUUUUUAUACUCUGCACAGCAUCAAGUUGACAAAAUAUAUUGCGCCACCUAAUUUCAGAGUUUUGAGGGGUUUUUAGGGUUCACUGACAUUUCUAGUGGAGUUAUAUAACACUAACUAAAAAUAUUAUUUCUUUUUUAUUUAAGCCAAAGUUCUCUGCUUUCAUAAGACUGACAUUUACAGAGUGUAAUCGCGUUUUGUUAGUGUAUCACAACUCUGCACGCCUUACACAGGAUUGUGUCCACGUGGGACUGAUUGUGUGAGCGGCAAGGCUGCGUGUAGUUAGUAUUUCAACUACCUUUUAAGAAUACUGUAAAAUGUUAGAAUAAUUUAUUUUGCUUUACAAAAGUUUGUGAAAUUUUGACUUUCAUACUGUAUUUUUGGUAAUAAACACAUUUUAAUGAA